CAGGACUGAAAUAUGUACUUAGGUAAUUGUGUCACAAAGUCGUUGCAUAAAAGCGUUGCAUGCCACGCCUGCAACAUUAAAUUGUUGUCAACCAUGGCCUGGGCAGGCAAAGUGUCAUUUGCAACUGCAACUGCAGCGCGUCCGCCGCGUGAGACAAAUGUGCCCAAAGUGCUCAGCAAAGUGGAUGCCAUCAUGGCGUUGCAAAUGGAGCUGAUUGAGCUGGCCGAAAAGUCCAUUAGCAAUCGACGCUUUCAGCUGCUUUGGAUCUUUCUACAAACGUGUGCUUUGGUCAUUAUAAAAGCCUAUCAUCUGGUGAUGUACAUGAUACGCGUGCUGCUGCAUCACGAACCUGCGUUCCUUGAUGUGCCCACAGCGCUGCUUUACUAUGGCUAUCAAAUUAUCACGGAGGGCAUCAAUAUUGUGCUGACUAUCAUUGCUUUCUCCUUGUUGUUUCAAUCGUUUCAGCAGAUGCAGCGCCAUCUAAACAAAUUUAUUAUCUACGCAGCCGACGAAUCGCUGCGUUGUCGGGUGAGCUAA